UGCUGGAUCCUCGAUGGCUGGUGGCAGCGGUGGACGCGAGACUGCUGUUACAGAAUCCCAGGAGCCGGUGGUGGAUCUGGAGCGUGAUUGGCAGGACGACCCGCCUCCGGUGGCUGUGGCUGUUGACCCGGUGGAUGUUCCUGGUGUGUUUCGCAGGGGACGGCAGCGUAUCCUGAUAUGUGGGCACAGCUACGUUUUUUGGGCGGCUCACCAAGCGCGAAGGACGCCUGUUGGGUCUCAGCUUGGGCUGAGUGAGCGGGCCGAAAUUGAGUGGCGGGGCCGACGGGGCCUCCGGUGGUCUGGCUUGUUGCCAGUGUUAUUUGGUAUGGGGAGUGGUGAUCCACCUCACAUACUAGUAGUUCAUUUGGGUGCCAACGAUUUGGGCCUUUUACAAGGCAAGGCUUUGUCUUCUCAGGCGCUGUCUGACAUGCGCCUCAUUGUCUCUCGGUGGCCGGGGGUGCUGAUUAUGUGGUCAGCAAUGAUUCCUCGGCGGGUUUGGAGGGAGGCAGAGGAUCGCACUGCCAUUGAGCGGGCGAGGAUGAAAGCCAAUAGAGCCAUCCAAAAGGGUUUGGGGGAAGGGUUGGGCGUAUAUUUGCCCCACCCUCGGAUCAGGGCCGAGUUCCCCGACCUCUACAGAGGUGAUGGGGUGCAUUUGUCCCAAGCGGGCAAUGUGAUUUUUCUAACUGAUUUGCGGCAAGGGCUUGAGUUGGCCUUGGGCUAUCAGUGGGGCGCCAGGGCCUAAGCAGAGGCUUGGCCUGGGCGUUGGCUGGUUUGAGUUGGAGUAGGGUGCGGGCCGGUGAGCACCCUUGGCGCUUCUCUAUUGAUGGGAAGAGGGGCCUGCCUAGAGGCUGGUACUGCUUUGACGGCUGCCAGAUCCAGAGGCAGGCUGCCUUCGGGAACCCCAGCCUGCAAGUCCUUCCCUCACUGCUAUACG